CUCUUUAACUCGACACCGCCGGACACACAGCUCGGCUCAUCUCGGCUCAGCUCAACACACCACACUUUCCAUACUAUCUGGAUUAUCCGGAACGCGGUCGCUUUGUUUUUUUCUCUUUGGAAACUCCUUACAACGGACAAGUCUUACAAAAUCAGUGUUACAUUUGUUUCAGCGCACUUUGGUGUUCUCAACCCGAGCGUUUGUUUUUCAAGCUGUUUGUUUGCGCUUCAUGGGAAAAUCUCUGCACAGAAAGAUUCACCCAAACUAUCUAUUGAUGCCCGAACACAACAACAACAACAACAACAACUUUCUCUCUCUCUUUUAAAACAAUUAACAGACACGGACAACAACACAAACGUGUGUCAGAUUGAUUUGUUGUGAAACGGCUCCCUCUUUCUGUCUGGAUGCUAGCCGGAGUUAGCUUUAGCUUUAGUAGCUCUAACAACUGUUUUGGAGGCCUUGCAGAAUGCAGUUGUAACAUAUGUAUAUGUGACUUUUAGAUCAUAAACUGAUAUAUUUGUAUAUUUAUGCAGGAAAACAAAUAGCAAGAUUUUGUGCUGGUUUACAUUUCGCGUUUGACGCCAUUUUUUGUCACACCGUAGAGAAGGAACAAGUUCUUGGUCUCUAUAUUGGAUGUAAACAGAAAAAUCUGCUUUUUUUGGGUUGAAAUAUUCGAAUAAUCGCGUCAAUCGCGUUGAGUUGUAGGGAAAUGUAGGAUAAGUUGGAGAGGAAAGUUUAAGAAAGCAAGGAUUUAAGGUUUCAGAUUACAUCAGUCAAGCUGUUUACACUUACAACCGACUGGAACUGUCGACUAGUCAAGUGCAAGUGCUAGUUUUGCCUUCAGUUUCAUCUAAUGAUCCAUGCAGAAGUUUGGACAUUUUUUUUGAGUAUUUUUUUUUCAUCCCUUUAAAUUGUACCUUUUUUCUUGUCUUGAGAUAAAGAUGAGAUAAAGUUACAGAAAGAUGGUCUAGAUUUUUUUCCUCUUAAUUAUUAUUAUUAUUAUUUUUUUAUUUUUAUUUUUUGAAUUUUUAUUUUAUUUUUUAUUUAAUUUAAUUUAAUUUUAUUAUUAUAUAUUUUUUUGCUCUCCAUCCCACUGAUGUUCUGCACUGACCUGACAAUAAAUAUGCCGGUUGGAUUUAAAUCUCAGAAAAGCUGUAAAACAAAAGCCCAAUGAGCGACACACAGCCAACAUUCAGUGACAGGUUUUCCAAAAAAGUAAUCCGAACCAAUAGCAUUCUCAGCAAAGAUCAUUCCCCGGACAAAAAGCCCAAAAGUGACAAGACUUCCAUUUUUUCAGCACAAGAUUUUGACUCUACAGGGCUGGUUCAGAGAUGUGUGAUCAUUCAGAAAGAUGAGAACGGAUUCGGCCUGACAGUGAGUGGAGACAACCCUGUGUUUGUGCAGCUCGUCAAAGAGGAUGGAGCUGCUAUGCGUGCAGGGGUUCAGACCGGGGACAGGAUCAUUAAGGUCAAUGGCACCUUGGUGACACAAUCGAACCAUGUAGAAGUGGUGAAGUUAAUCAAAGCUGGCUCCUACGUGGCCCUCACUGUGUUGGGCCGACCGCCCGGGUCACCCCAGAUCCCUCUUUCAGAGGUCAAUCUGAACCUAGAGUCACUAGAUGAUAAUGAGACAUCUUCAGUCUCAUUCCCACAUUCUCCACCACCGAUCCGGUACAAACGGGAAUACAAGGAAGAGAACAGCAUCUUGAACAGCCUAAAAGUGGACAACAUAGAGAAGACGCUGACUAAAGAAAGACAGGAUUUCCAGGAAGAGUAUGUCAAGAAUCCCGCUCUCCGACUACUGAGGGACAUCCAGGAAGCCAAAAAAACUACACACAGAGAUACACAGGAUGGCCUGCCUCUAGGAGACGCCGAGGGUGCUUGUGUGGCGGAUGUGGACGAGGCCAGUUCAGAUAGCUUGUGGAGCCCUGUAAGUGUAUCACAGAUCCUGCCUCGCCGCCACUCAGCUUCACCUAAGACUGUUGGACAGAAAGACUGGAACUGUCCGAAGAUCUCACAACGAAACAGCUUCAACUCGUGCUCUUCACCUGAGAAUGCAGACACCUCUGACUUGGACUCACACCUCAACCCCGGGAUGAAAAAUGCUUCCUCCCGACUUGUCUCACAGAUCAUUGGAGUUGAGGAUGAUUACUUUGACUCAGAACAGGAGCAGAUGAAUGUCCAGUGUAACUGUUUCCAGAGUUUGGAGCUGCUUAAGAGUCGACCUGCACACCUUGCAGCUUUCCUGCAUCAUGUGGUGUCCCAGUUUGACCCUGCUUCAGUGCUUUGCUAUCUUUACACUGACCUCUACAAGCAGACCAACUCGAAAGAAACCAGGCGCAUCUUCAUGGACAUCUAUACCUUCUUCAUUGACCGGGGUGCUAACUUAAAAGUAACCGUGCCUGAAUCUAUCUCUUCUGAACUCGAGCGGAGGAGGCCAGAGCUGAUUCCUGAGGAGCUGCACAGACAAUAUGUUCAGACAAUGCAGGACACCCUUCUUCCUGAAGUGAACAAAAUUCUAGAAGACUUUAGGCAGAAGCACAGUAUGGGACUGACUUUAGCUGAGGCAGAGCUAGCUCAUCUGGACACAGAGCAGGUAAAAGACGCCACUGCGAUGGAGAGAGAGAGAUCCUGUGCUGAGAACAUCCUCACCAAAAUAGAUGACAUUCUGUUGUCCUCGCUAGCCGCAGAAGAGGAAAAGUGUACAACUAUACAGUAUGUGAUCUACUUUUACUUGAAGCACCUGGGUGUGAGAGGCAAAGAGCAGCGUAACUUAGAGUCCAAACGUGUGCGCAUAAAUUUCCUGCCCAAGAUUAAGUCUGGAUACUUACCGAAGACCAGUAAGCUGGAGAAAGAAGGAGAAGAAAAGGUGAAAAAGCCUCGUUUCAAUAUCCUGGGGCCUCAGCGUCGGCCAAGCCGCAUUGAUACAACACCUGUAGGUCGCUCCAUGGAUGGAAGCAAGCCAAGACCUCAGAAGCAGCUCUCACAGCCAGCAAUGGGAAAGUUUGAUGUUGUAGACAUUGGGCGUUUACGGGGAAGCCUGUCGAGCGAGGGCCCGGACCUCAUCCAAAGCCCCACAUUCAUCAGCAACAUUCCUCCUUACAGUCCUGUCUCAGAUACAGCCUUCAGAGACACAGACUGCAGCAUGAGCCCACCUUCCAUGCUCCAGCGGCCGAGUGACGGUAUUCAGGCUGGAGAAGGCCUGGACAUGACAUACCCCCCAUGUGAAUACAAUACCUACAAUGCAGAGCAUCUUGAUGAGGACAGAGACGGAGACAGAUUUGUGGAUGUAUGCACACCAAAGCUGAGCAGAAGGCUAGAGGAGACUCUGAGCGAGGACGACGGUGUUUACUCUGACAUGGAUCUUCCAAACUGGCAGCAGCUUGUGAAGAUGGAGGUUCUAGCUGAACUGACACCGCAGGAGAUCAAGAGACAGGAAGUUAUUAAUGAGCUGUUCUACACGGAGCGUGCACAUGUGCGUAUGCUGAAAGUCCUAGACAAUGUCUUCUACCAAAAGUUGACCCGUGAUAACAUACUACCACCUGCUGACAUUAAAAACAUUUUCAGCAACCUGGAGGAAAUCAUCCAGCUCCAUGUGAUGAUUUCGGAGCAGAUGGCAGCCAUACGCAAGAGGAAUGAAACGUCAGUGGUUGACCAUAUCGGAGACGAUUUGCUGUCUUGGUUCAGCAAAGAAGAGGAGGAAAAGAUGAAGCAUGCAGUUGGCACCUUCUGUAGCAACCAGCCCUUCGCUCUAGAGCUCAUCAAAAGCCGGCAAAAGAAGGACCAGCGAUUCCAGACCUUCAUGCAUGAGGCAGAAAGUAAUCGGAUGUGCCGGAGGCUACAACUGAAAGAUAUCAUUCCUACCGAGAUGCAAAGACUCACCAAGUACCCGUUGCUGCUGGAGAACAUCGCCAAGUACACUGGUGAUCCGGGGGAGAAAGAGAAGGUGAGGAAAGCAGCUGAUUGUUGCCGAAAGAUCCUGAACCACGUUAAUCAAGCAGUGAAGGAGUCAGAAAAUAAACAGCAUCUGGAGGACUACCAGAGACGCCUGGACCUCUCAUCUCUGAAGCAGAGUGAGAAUCAGCUCAUUUCCGAGUUUAAGAAUCUAGAGCUUACCAAGAGGAAGUUAAUCCAUGAAGGUCCACUGACCUGGAAACUGAAUAAAGACAAGACUGUUGAGUUAUACACACUGCUUCUUGAGGACAUCCUGGUGCUGUUGCAGAAACAAGACGAGAGACUUGUUCUAAAAUGCCACAUUAAGAACCGUGCAGGUUCGGUCGACACACAGCACACCUUCAGCCCUGUCAUCAAGCUCAACACUGUACUGGUGCGCUCAGUGGCCACAGACAACAGGUCCUUCUUUGUGCUCUCCAUGUCGGAUAACGGAGCUCAGAUCUAUGAACUGAUGGCCCAGACAGUGUCUGAACAGAGAAUAUGGCAGAGGCAUAUCAUUCAGCGAGCAGAGGCAAUGAAAUCCAGGCCACACAGCGUCAUUCCUUUGCCUCAGUCUUCAGGAGAGAGAAAUGGAGUUGGAGGUGGUAAACUUGCAAAAGCUUCAGAGAGUGAGUGUGUGAGCAGUGUUCAGGCCUCAGGUAAAGCCUGUGAUGCCGUAUCUGAUCGUGCCUCAAACAAUGAGGAGCAGGAGCAAACUCGAGCACAUGGCCAAGAUGAAAGCUGUUAUCCCGAAGCCGAGCUGCUGGAUGGCUGUGAGACAGACGCCCCAUCCUCUUCCUGCAGAGCCGAUGAAGCUCUAAAAACCUUGGCAGCUCUAAAGCAGGUACUGGUAACUCAGCUGAUGGCCCAGAACGACGAUGAACGAAUGGGUCGGCGAAUCCUCAGGACAACAUCUUUGCGCACAUCAUGCAGGACUCAGGACGCUUCCUCAGGAGACACGGGUUUUUAUGAAGGCACUGAGGACUAUGCAGGAUACCUGGUGCUGCAGGGCUCUGGUGGCUCUGAGAGCAGCACCGAUGAUGGAGUUCAGUACCGGAGGAAAGAGUUGGGUCUUUCCCGUGGCUGCACCGCUGACUCGGGUAUCAGCCUCAGGUUUUCAUCAUCCUCAGCAGAGAGCGUAUGCGGCAUCAGCAGACAGGUUCUCACAUACCUGCGCUCUCUACAAACCAACCUCAAUCACCUCAAGGAGUUAGAAAGCAGAUAUUAUCUGUUACGCCAAAAACAAGAAUCAGCAGACACAGGGGGAAACAAAGAUAAGAAAUAAACUUUGUGGAGUUUUCUUGGCUCAAAUUAACCCGAGGACACUACAGACUUCACUAGACUCCGCACCUCUUCUCGUCUUGCACAGAAAACGAGUGAUGAAGAGCAAAACAGCAGCAUUUCGACAAAGUGUCUACCCUCCAUUAAAGUAAGUUAGGGAAGAUGGACGGUCCUGUCUACACCUAGCUUGUUCCUGCAGCACCUCCUCAGUCCAGCCAGAAUGGAUUGUCCAGUCCUGUCCAUCACCCUUAAACCAAUACGAAUGAUGAACAAAUGUGUGCUUACAAAUAUAAAAAUGAUGUAAAUAUAUAUAAAACAUUCAACAUUUUCAAGUAAUGAUGUAACAUUUUAAUCCUAGAUAUAUUUAUUUUAUUUCCAUACCAAGUCGUUUGCAAGGAUUUUUUUUGCUUCAGGAUGUGACUUGCAUUCAAGUGUCAGUGUGUGCUGUUGCUAUGUAUAUCAGAAGACCCUCUCUGAGAGGCCUCUACUCACAUCUUUUGUAUAAAAGUGCACUAGAUUGCCUCCUCUUCUGCUUCAAGAGGUUAAAGAGCUCUAGCUGAGACGAGGAGAGCCUGAAACCAGAACAGUCCAAAUAACUGCCUGCAAAUGCAGAAUAUAUAACCAGUGAGGUGAAUAGUGAUGCAAUAUGGAAAUAAACACGCAGUGACUAA